GCAUAGACUAUAAAUAGAUUAGCAUUGGGUUUAAUAAUUGAAUUCGUUGAUGUGGCAAAGAAAACCGAAAAACCAUUGCAGAUUGUUGUUUGAUUUUGAAGUGUAAAAUAGGUGGGGUGGGAAUUUGACCCUAAAUCGAAUUGAAAAAAAAAAAACAAGAGAUGAGCAGCCAGCAGAUGGGUGCUCCUCCAGGGCUGAAGAGAAACAGUUCCAGUCAGAAACGGGGCAGAAACAACAGCAAACCUUCGUCUCCUCCGACCCAACUAGAGCGGACGGUGAAGAAGCUGCGGCUGUCCAAAGCCUUAACCAUUCCGGAGGGUACAACCGUAUCUGAUGCCUCCCGAAGGAUGGCUGCUAGGCGCGUUGAUGCUCUCUUGUUAACCGAUGCCAAUGCUUUGCUCUCCGGUAUUCUCACGGACAAGGACAUUUCCACCAGAGUCAUCGCGGAGGGGUUGAGACCCGACCAGACCCUAGUCUCCAAAGUCAUGACCAGGAAUCCCAUUUUUGUCACCUCCGAUUCUUUAGCCAUUGAUGCUCUUCUCAAAAUGGUCCAAGGCAAAUUCAGGCAUCUUCCUGUUGUGGAGAAUGGUGAAGUCAUUGCGUUGCUCGACAUCACCAAGUGCCUUUAUGAUGCUAUCUCUCGCAUGGAAAAGGCCGCCGAACAGGGCAGUGCAAUCGCUGCUGCUGUUGAAGGGGUCGAGCGUCAAUGGGGGGGAACCAACUGUUCUGCUCCAUAUGCUUUUAUUGAAACACUGAGGGAGCGGAUGUUCAAACCUUCUUUGUCUACUAUCAUUGGUGAACACACCAUGGUUGCAAUUGCUUCACCAUCGGAUCCUGUCUAUGUUGCUGCAAAAAAGAUGCGGGAUUUGCAGGUUAAUUCAGUUAUCAUUGUGUCAGGGAACAAAAUUCAGGGGAUACUCACUUCAAAAGAUAUUCUCAUGCGAGUUGUGGCACAAAAUCUUUCUCCUGAGCUAACCCUGGUGGAAAAGGUAAUGACGCCAAACCCAGAAUGUGUUACCCUGGAGACAACAAUCCUUGAAGCAUUGCAUAUAAUGCAUGAUGGAAAAUUUUUACAUCUUCCUGUCAUGGAUAAGGAUGGAUCUGCUACUGCCUGUGUAGAUGUUCUGCAAAUAACCCAUGCUGCAAUUUCUAUGGUUGACAAUAGUUCUGGGGCUGUUAAUGAUGUUGCAAAUACAAUGAUGCAAAAAUUCUGGGAUUCUGCCCUAGCUUUGGAGCCCCCGGAUGAUUAUGAUACUCACAGUGAAAUGUCUGCAAUAAUGACAUCAGAUGGGACUGAUCUUGGGAAGUAUGCUUAUCCAUCUCUCGGUCUUGGAAACUCAUUUGCCUUCAAAUUUAUUGAUCUCAAGGGUCGGGUGCAUCGUUUUAAUUAUGGCAUCGAAAAUUUAGAUGAGCUUACGUCUGCUUUGUCACAAAGGAUUGGUGUUGGAAGUGAUCAUGAUCAUCCUCAACUUUUGUAUGAGGAUGAUGAAGGCGACAAAGUUUUACUUGCGACUGAUGCUGAUCUCAUCAGUGCCGUCAACAAUGCUAGAGCAGCAGGAUUUAAGAUUUUGAGGUUGCAUCUCGACUACUCUGAUUCGUGCCCGGAAACAAGAACGCUGGCAGGUCCAAUGUCGAGCCAGAGGAGUAGAUACUCUGCUAUCCUGGCGGGUGCAGUUGUUUUAACAGCCAUUGGUGUGCUGGUCUACUUAAAGCGCUCAAAGUUGUGAUAUUUUGCUCUACACUGUUCAAAUCAAUUACACUGCUGAUGGGAGUACCAAUUUUUGUGCAAAACACCUUGGACUGCUGGCAGCGAAUUAUAUGCAAAUUUUUUAACUUUUCUUUUGUUGCUGCUCAGCAGCGAAUUAAUAGCUUGAAUGACUGAUUCAUUUUUUACAAAAAUAUUCAAAAAACAAUAUAAGUGAAAAUCAACCUCCAUUCUAUAAUUUGGAAA